AACACAUACAAAAGAUUAAGAUAAUCUUGGUUCGUACUUGUGGUUUUAAUCAUACAAUGGAAAAAAAUGGGAAAGUAUUAAUGAAUAAGUAUGAGUUUGGCAAAAAAUUAGGCCAAGGAAACUUCGCAAAAGUUUACCAUGCAAGGGACCUGAGAACUGGUGACAAUGUUGCAGUAAAGGUUAUUGACAAGGAAAAGGUUCUAAAAGUCGGAAUGCGAGUCCAAAUUAUGCGAGAAAUUUCGAUUAUGAGAAAAGUUAAACACCCUAAUGUUUUGCGCCUUUACGAGGUUUUGGCCACCAAAACAAAAAUUUAUUUAGUCUUAGAGUAUGCCAAAGGUGGAGAUCUUUCAGAAAAAAUAGAUAAGGUUCAAAUCAAUGAGAAUCAAGCAAGAAAAUAUUUUCAACAGUUGAUCAGUGCUCUAGAUUUUUGCCAUAACAAGGGUGUAUACCAUCGAGAUUUGAAGCCUGAAAACUUGCUUCUGGAUGAGAAUGGUGUCCUCAAAAUAGCAGAUUUCGGAUUGGGUACGUUUGUAGAAUCCCAUCGCCGUAACAUAAUGUUGCAAACAUUGUGUGGAACUCCAGAUUAUGUAGCUCCAGAGGUUGUUCUUAGAAAAGGUUAUUAUGGAGAGAAAGCUGAUGUUUGGUCUAGUGGAUUAAUCUUAUUUGCUCUUUUGGCAAGAGGGUUGCCUUUUUAUGAUUUGAGCGAAAGAAAAAUGCAUAGGAACAUCAUACACGGAAAAUACAAUUAUCCGAGUUGGUUUUCAAUUGACCUAAAAAGACUGUUAACCAAAAUUCUUAAUCCGAAUCUGAGUGCUAGAAUAUCUACUACUAAAAUAAUGGAAAAUCCUUGGUUUAGAAAAGGAUUGCAUUUGAAAACCGUUAAAGUCGAAAGAGAUGUUCCAGAUGCGGCUGCAGAUUUUGAGUCUGAUAAAUCUAUUGAGUUGUAUGAAAAUGAAAGUGUUGUUGUUGAUCCAAAUCAAGAAUCGGUUCAACCGAAAUAUCUUAAUGCUUUUCACAUACUUUCUUUAUCUGCAAGACUUGAUUUGUCUGUCCUUUUUGAGAGGAAUGAUGAUGAAAUUGAAGACAUCAAGUUUACCUCCGUGAGCUCGGCCUCCUCUAUCAUAUCAACAAUAGAGGAUAUUGCACACAUUUUGAAGAUGAAGAUAGUAAAGAAUAAUGGAGAGAUGUUGAAGUUAGAGAGACUGCAGGAUCUUCCAAAAGGGCCGCUUACCAUUUCUGCUGAAAUAUUCGAGUUUGCUCCAUCUUUCUUUUUGGUCGAGUUAAAGAAGUCGUGUGGUGAUGCAUUGGACUACCAUAAGAUAUUGAAUGAACACAUAAGACCAGCUCUCAAAGAUAUUGUUUGGAUUUGGCAUAGUGAGCAACAUCAUAACAUUAGCAAGAUGGUGUCUAGUACAUAA